UGACCCCGCGAUCCACGUUGCUGGCUGUUGGCGCUAGGCGAAAUAUCCUGGUCGCACCCGCGCGCGAUCACUGCUGGAUACAAUAUGGCUUACUACCGCCUUGCCCGUUACUGCUUUAAGUACCCGCGUACUUCAAACAGUUAUAUUGACAAUUUAUAAUAAUAACCGAGUCGGCCGUUCGCACUCAUGACGUUACACACAAUUAUAUGCCACCGAUGGCAAAUGCACUGCACCGUAUUGAUUCCGUAAUCAAAAUAUGUCGAAAGGCGACGCGACGUGUAAAUAUGUUACGGACCGCGACUACGACAACGGCGGUGGGCACGGAAAGACGACUGUCUUAAUUGCUACAAAGUCCGUGUACCGAUUUACGUGAGCGAAUUGCCGUAAAAAAAGUGUAUUAUAUUGGCACUAAUCGCCGGCGUUAUUAUUGUGAUUAUUGUUAUGACACAUUGUGUGUGACGUGUGUCAUCAUUAUUAUUCUUAAAACCAUAGGAUUGGUAGCAGCUGGCCUGCCGAGCAUCGUCAGAUUUUAAGUUCACGCUCGUACAGCUGACGUAUCUGCGAAUAUGAACUCACGAGAUAGCAGUAGGGCGCACACAACGACAUCGGAGUUUACCACGCACGCUGCGGUUCUUUUAAAACAGUACUGCCGAGACUCGUGGUUCGGCCACAAUUAUGACGCCACCAGUCCACUGAGUGAAAAUUGUGAACAAUUGACCACAAAAGCCUACGAACUACUCAAAUGCGAAAUUCACAAGACUUUUCAAUGCGAUAUCUUGAAAAUACAACGUAUCCACGCCCCACAGAUGUACGGUAUGUAUCUCUUACAUAAGGCGGAAAUGCGCUUGCAAGCCAAUGGUGGAAAUGAUAUCGAGGAAGUGCUGUACCACGUCACCGCUGAGUCCAACGCCGUGGAGUCGCUGAUCAGUGGACUCGACUGGAGGCGCAAUCAGCGCCCCAGAUUUGGGAGCGGUGUAUCAUUCAGUGAUGACGUGGACUAUAGCAACUACCACGCCAAUCAGUCCACUAAUAAAGACGCUAUGUCAGCAAGCAGCCGAUAUAUGUAUCGGUGCAGAGUCCAUCGGCCAGCAACGCCGACUCAGAAAUUCCAGUAAGCAACGGCGAAAGCGACAACGCCGCGCCGCAGUCAAAACUGACCUCGCCGCCAAAGCAAAAGCCACCACUCCGAAACCGAAGCAGCUAAGCCAAAUAAAAACCGCCAUCAACAGCCACGCUGAAGCCAAAGCCGCAGCCGCAGAAGUUGACGCCACCGCUGGGUCUGUGAUGACAACCGGACGACAAUAAUUUGUUGUCGGUUGCCAAUGAUAUGAGGUAUCUACUUUUUGAAUAUCAUCAUUAAUUAUUUAAUUGUUUUAUUUUUUAUGUUAUCUUAAAUUACCAUAAUAUAUAUUUCUGUUAAAAAUUGUUUUACCUUGAUAAAAAUUACAAUGAAUAUGAAAUACCUAUGUCCAUAUAUUAUUAACAAGAAAAUAUAUAAUUUUAUUAUAUGGUUUUGUCAAACACAUGUUUUAUGAUAAGUCAUAGUUCAAAUAUAAUUAUGUGCACUGUUGAAAUUUUCGAUAACAUUCUAUUUUUUUUUUUUUUUAUUUAUUCUUUGAAAAUGUUUCAGCACACCAGGUGCUAUUACAAAUAUAUUUACAAUAAUUAUAAUUUAGCCUUUACAUUUAAAUUGAUGAUAGUAAUGAUAUAAUAUAUUAGUUCAUGGUAAUAAGUUUGAGUUUAUGUUAUAUGUGAUAAUAAUAGUUAUAAUAAUAAUGUAUACAAUAUAAUGUAUACAAUAUAAUAUAAUAAUAUUAAUAUAGUAUUGGUUUAUUCUUCAUCUUCUGAUGAGGGUUGUCCGUUGGGGGUAUGUCUUGAGGCAGUCGAGGUUUUAGCCGCCUAUUUUGGGUUUUGUUUCCUAGUUGGUAAUGACGGCCGCCGUCCGAUUCUUUUAAUUUAGCAUGGAAGUUUUUGAAUUGGGUUUUUAUCCAGCCAUCCAGGUACUUAUUAAGGGUAUUCCAGUGUCGUUAUGGAUUUGACGAUUCCUCAUGAACCAUGGUGCUUUUAGGGAAAUCCUGAGGAAUUUGUUUUGGAGAGUUUGGAUUUUUUUAAUUUUUAUGGGUGAGGCUGCCGCCCAAACAGGGCAGGCUAAUUUUAUCAACGGUCUGAUUAUUGAGGUAUAUAGAAGGAGUGAUGACUUGAUUUAUAGUGUUGAUUUGUAGUUUACUAGAGGGUAAAGAGUUCUUAUCAUUGUAUAGCCAUGUACGAGUUUUUUGUUAAUAUGAAUUUUCCAAGUAAGUUUUUCAUCUAGGUGGACACCCAAGUAUUUGACUGCGUCGUCUUUUUUAUUCCAUUGGAUGGCCUGGUUGUUUAUGUGGAUAUCUUUUGGGUUGUUAUAUCUCUUAAGAGUGAAUAUUUUAACCUCACUUUUUGUUGGAUUUAGAUUCAGCUUCCAUUUCUGGAACCAGGUAGUUACUUCAUUUAGUGAGAUUUGUAGGUUUUGGAUUGCUAAAUCUAAGGAGCUGUCUUGUGUGAGAAUUGCCGUGUCAUCCGCAAACAUUGCUAAUUGAGAGUUGAGGGAAAUUGGAAUGUCAUGGCAAUAGAUAUUAAACAGAGUAGGUCCCAAGACUGAUCCUUGGGGGACUCCAUCUUUGAUGUGGUGUAAUUGUAAGAAGUCUGAUCCUUCUCUAACUUUGAAAGAUCUGUUGAGUAUGAAGGAUGUGAUGGUUUUGAGUAGGUAUAGUAGGGAUAUUUAUGUUAUCAUCUAUGAUUUAUAUUAUCUCCCUCUAUGUAGGGAGAUUUAGUAAUUUUAAUUUUUGUUCAAGCCCGCGGUGCCAGACCUUAUCGAAAGCUUGUGUUAAGUCUAAGAAUGCUGCUGUGGUAUAUUGUUUUUUUCGUAGCCAUGUACAAUUAUUUCAGUUAUACGUUGAAUUUGGUGGCAUGUGGAGUGUUUGGUUUUAAACCCGAAUUGAUGUUUCGUGAUAACGUGAAGAUAGGGUUUUAUUCUCUCCAACAAUAUCCUUUCGUACAAUUUGGAUAAUGUUGGUAGUAGACUGAUUGGCCUGUAGCUGGUAGGAAAGUUCGCUGGCUUUCCUGGUUUGUGAAUAGAGACUAUUAUAGCGUGUUUCCAUGUAGAGGGGAAGGUAGCGAUGCGCAUAGAUGCAUUGAAUAGGGAAGCUAAGUAAGAUAGCGCUUUUGGUGUCAGGUUUUUAAGGAUUUUGUUAGUUAUUAGAUCGUGAUCCGGACUUUUCUUAUUUUUUAAUUUAUCUGGAUAAAAAAAUUUUUUUUCAUCUUUAUCUAGAUAAAUAAAUAAUUUAGUUAUAUUUAUCUUUAUCUAGAUAACAUUAUUAUAAUUUAUCUUUAUCUAGAUAACAUUAUUAUAAUUUAUCUUUAUCUAGAUAACAUUAUUAUAAUUUAUCUUUAUCUAGAUAACAUUAUUAUAAUUUAUCUUUAUCUAGAUAAAAUUAUAUUUAUCUCGGCUCAACACUGAUUAUGUAAUAGAACGGUCGACUCGACUCGAAUCUUAUAAACUAUCGCACUGCAGCUACUGAGUGUUAUCAGAUGGCGCUACCGGUAUCGAUAAAGAGAAUUAAAGUGACGCCUUAAACGACCAAUACAAAAUAUAAUUUUUGUUUUAAACCAUCGUUAAUAAAGUACAGCAGCUAAAUAUUUAUAAGCUAGCCGCUAGGUGACUUACCUAUAUUUAUCUAUAACAAAAUUUGAACAAACAAUUUUUUAACAACAAUUGAAAAACAAAAUGACCAAUUAACAAUAAUCAAUAACAUUACAACACUGUAGGUCUUGGUGUUUCGAUAACGACUAAGAAUUUGACUCACCCAUAUACGAAUCACAAGUAUUCACACUUAUGACCAACUAGUCCAACCUAUAGUAUACGAUUUAUAGUAUUAUACAUUUACUCUAUGUUAAAAUAGAAUAAGAGUUUACAUAUUUUUUUUUUAUUUGGUUUAAGGCUUUGACGACUGAGGUCAUUAGCCUGUAGGUUGGUAGGAUUGGGAUGGUUGUAUGGUCGGUUAGGAACACGUGUAUGUGUGGCAAGGUUUUUGCGCACUAUGAACCUGGGUGGUCACCCAUCCGAGAACUAGUGGCAGUAGCCGUUGCUUACUCUCAAUCACGUCGCGUGACUGAUUUCAGCCACUGCACUGCGCCGAGCCACUUUUAUUUUUUUUUAAUAUAAGUAGCUGACGUAUUGAUAGAUCAGGAAACAUUUGUGGUUAUACUUGAAAUUCAUUACCCACAUACGAACAAAUGGUUCCUGAUCUAUAAAAACUUCAUCAGCCAUUGGCGGAAAUCAGGGGGGGACUUGAGGGGGCUUCAACAACGAUUUUAACAUUGACGAUUUGAAAACAACAAUAAAAAAAAGAAAUUUUUCCAAAUAUUUACAAAAUGUUACAAGUAGCACUAGAUCAAGAAUGCUUUACAAACCUUUCUAUUCUUCACAUAGAGAAGGAUGUAACAAAAAAUAUUGAUACUGUAUGUAUUUUAAAUGAAUUUUCUAAAUCCUCAAGGAUGAUGGUUUUAAAAUAAAGCAUUUAUUGUAAUAAGAUAUAUUCAACAAGACUGUUAUUUUAUAGCAUUUUUUUUUCCUUAUACAGUACCUAUACUAUAUUAUUAUAUAUGUUAUAAAAUAUUUAUAUUAUUAAAUUUCAAGUAUAAAAAAAAAUAAUUGGACAGUAAUUUUAUAUUUCUGUUCAGUUGUUCAGUAAAAUUUAUGAGAAAAAUCGUAGCCCCCCCAACUUUUUCAAUGGAUUUCCGCCUAUGUCGUCAGCUAUAAAAAAAAAAUAAAAAUAAAUAUGUAAACUUAAUGUAUAGGGUAUCUACGUCUAU